CUUCGCUUCUUCCGAUGUUUGUAAUGAUAUUUCAAAUUGGAUUCCAGUGAAAGACGUUCGAUAACGGAGUUUUCAGCAACCAUUCCAAGCGCGAUGUCAUAACUACGAUCGAUGCUUUUAUGUUUGAGCACAAAGUGGGUUUCCGGAUCGUUUUGCAAAAUUGCUAUUGUUGUUGAUCUUGUCUUGCCUCCGUGAUUAACGGUCCAAUCAAUUUCAACUUCUUGGUGCUCAAAAUGGUUGAAGCGCUAGAGCGCUAUAACUUUUAUUUAUUUAUUUUUCUAAUUGCCUGGGAUUGGGUAUUUUACCCAAAAUUUGAAUGCUUCAGUUUAUUUCCUAGAAAAGUCCAAUUAGAGCGUGCAUGUCGCUUUUGUUUGCGGCCGAAGUUAUGGUCUUGGUCGGCUUCGACAAGUCGCUGGCGCGAUGUCCAGGCAUUCGUCCGGCAAUGCGUCUUCACUUUGUGUCCACGUGUUUGGGCAUUUCAAGUUCAUUUGUUUCAUCAUUCAAAUUCAGUAUAAUGUCUAGACUUUGUGGCAGACUGCCGGAUAUGUCUAGACUAAUUAUAUAACCUUAGAAAUGAUAACGAAUCAAAUCAUAUUCAUGGAAAGCUUUUGCGAAUUUCACCUGUUCUAAAAUAACCAUGGUUUUCAAGCGAGAGAAAUGUGAAUAAGAAAAAAUAUAAAAUUGCUUAUAAAUUUGAGCUUUUUGAAAUGUAUAGUCAGUCUGUUUUCAACGUCAAGUAAAAUGAAGUCAGUUCUAACAUUAGCUGUGCUUGUUGUCGCCAUAUCAGUGGGAUUUUGCGACAUCCCUAAUGUUUACGAGUUCUGUAAUGCGUUAAUGUCGGGCGAAAGGACAUCGUGCGACAGAGCUACGUGCCAAGGAAGACCCGGUAAAAGAGGAGCUGAGGGCCCAAGAGGUUUGAGAGGCCCCAAAGGAGAGAUCGGUCCCAUUGGUUCAACGGAAGAAUUUGAAGUAAAAAUUCGACAACUAAGUGAUGCAAUCAAAGUCAUAUCGUCAACUAUGUUACCAACAGAAAUUUUUAAUUUGUGUGCAAUGGGCAUGAAAUCACGUGCUAUACCCGACUCCGCCAUUAGCGUUUCCUCUGAAUGGAUUCCAGAAUACCAUGGAAGGCAUGGAAGGUUGGACGAACCGACUAAUGCAUCAUAUGGCGUUUGGCAUUCAAGAUCAAAUACUGGUGAAUGGUUUCAAGUCGAUUUUGAGGUUCCAAAAUCCGUAUCGGGAGUCAUUACACAAGGGAGACCGACAUGCUGUAACCAGUGGGUGAAAACUUAUAAAGUGUUGAUUGGAAAUUCAACUGACCAGUUACAACCUGUCACGGAGAACGGACGGGACAAGAUAUUCACAGGGAAUACAAAAGACGGAAAAGAAAAAGUUACAAAUAUAUUUCCAGCACCGGUAACAGGUCGUUAUAUCAGAAUCUAUCCACAAACAUGGAAUAGACAUGCCGUUAUGAGACUUGAAUUUCUCCGUGGAGAAUGUUUUCAUUUGUACUGAUUCAAUUCCAUUGCUUGGACCAGAGGUGCGCAACAAUUAAUACAGGAUAUCCAGAUACAAUUAACUGGGUAAAAUUGCGGGCCGCACGUAUAUUUAACAUAGGUAGUUGCAGACACAAAAAUUUUGGCUAUUGAUUUGAUGACAUGCCUUGUUUGCUUAUCGCAAGCUAUCGGUUAGGGCAGCAGUUCUCAAACUUUUUGCCAAAUUACCAGGGCAGUUUUGUGAUCGUCAUUGUGUAUCCUAUGCUUUUUAACGUUAAUGUGUACUUUAUGCCCUUUGUAAAUCUGAAUGUAGGUCUAAGGAAUAAAGGCAAAAAGUCAACUCUUCUUUCUCAUCUCUUUACUAUUUUUUUUUGAAAUGCUUAAAAAAUGACUCAUGUUCACUAAACUCUGUUCAGCAAAUAAAUUAAACUGCAGCUCGAAAAAUUGCAGCAAGUAGUGUUUACAUCUAUUGUUACGUAUAUGAAUGCAGUAGAGGCAGACAUUACGCAACAGAAAGUAAACGACAUAGAAAGGUAAAAUGAGUUUAUUG